AUGCGGACGUUUGUAGCUUCAGAUCCUAAUUAUAUCGUCCUCUACACGCUUACAAAAGAGAAAGAGAAAGAGAGGAAGAAUCGUGACUUACCGACUGGAGUACCACCGGUGGUUCUUCAAACCGAUAAAAUCAUUGAGAAAAUCGAGAAUAUUCAGGUUUUAAGGGGAACAACUUUAGCAAGGCAGCUCAACAUGAUCUUGGUGCAAGCUUUUUAUGAACACUGGGAUUUGGCUAAGGAAAGCAAGGGACAGGCUACAAAUUUAAGACUUAGGAAUUACAAGUUUAUUUUUCUUUGUAUCAUGUAA